UGACUGCUAAGUUGAUGAAAGCGAAAGUAUGAGUUCCACGGCGAGCACGACAGAGGAAGAAAGCGUUCUUCCAGACACCACGGUCAGUGAAAGUGCUCGGAGUGAAAGUGAUGAGGUCGUCUCCACACAGGAGGAGGAAGAGAAGGAGGAGGAGGAGAAGAAAGACCCCCCACGAGAUGAGACCCCCCACACUGAGAAUGAGGAGCUGAACUCCCUAGCCAGCACUGUGUCAAGUUCGCAGGACUCUCAGGACAGCAGCGACGGAACCAUCCACGUCCUGCUGCCCAAGGUCAACUGUCCUGAGAAAAUCGUUGUCUGCCUAGACAUGAGCAAAGAGAUGACGUCCCGGCACGUGAGCUCCAGAGAUGGGUCUCAAUUCUCCCCACUGUCUCUGGCCAAGCGGGUGAUCGAGAUUUUUGUCAGGACAAAAAGCAGAAUGGACAGAAAACACCAGUUUGCCCUGGUCAUUCUGCACGAUGCUCCAACAUUGAUGCUGAGUGAGCUGCUCCUGUCCCCACACCUGUUCCUGGAUGCGCUGUACGUCCACCAGCCUCCCGCAGACGACAACCAGAGCAUUGAAAUCUUCAACGCGAUCUGCGACCUUGACAGAAAAUGCCUGUCCUACGUGUACGAGGUGGCGACCAAUGUCACGAUGUUUCACAACCACAUGGCCAAACUGCUGGCACAUCCUCUACAGAGACCUGCACAGUCUGAUACGUACUACAAGUUACAGAGCAACGAGGAGGUGUCUUAGUGUUUAACUUUAAGAUAGGAUGGAACUAUGGGCGUUUCGUGAAAAAAUCAGGCUAUGUGUGACCAAGAGGACUUCCAGCAACUUUUUCCAGUCUUAUUUUUAUUGAAAUCUUCAAGUAUCUGUGGUACAAAUGUAGGCCAGUGUUGCCAAACCUUUGCUGGGUGAAUAAGCCAGAUUCAACUGUACAAAGUUGCAAAGACCUGCACAGUAUGAUAUGUACUACAAGUUACAGAGCAAUGAGGAUGUGUCAUCAAAUCUUCAACGAUAAGAUGAAACUAUGGGUGUUUCUUUGAAAAGCAGGCUACGUGUGACUAAGGAGGACUUCCAAGCAACUUUUUCCAGUCUUAUUUUUAUUGAAAUCUUCAAGUAUCUGUGGUACAAAUGUAGGCAAGUGCUGCCAAACCUUUUCUGGGUGAAUAAGCCAGAUUCAACUGUACAAAGUUGGCC